AUGCGGUGCAACAUAAGACGAUUAUUCACUUUGGCAAUCGGUGUAUUUGCGGCGACGCUUGUGAUAAUCUCCUUUUCCAGGGACAACUUAGACGGUUAGUAGUUUUUUUUUUCUGAUUUCUGCAAUUUUCGGGUCAAUUGCAAAAUGCAUUUUCACUCACAUUUAUGUUGCAGUGAAGAGCUAUCACUUGACUUUGGUUUUUUGAUUUCUCUGAGAGCUCCACCGGUCCUUUAAAGUGCCCCUUAGACUUGUUUUGAAUAAGACUAGGAAAUUAUGUGUGAUUUUGGUUUAGACAUGAAAAAACAAUCCACAUCUGUAGACUUUUAAAGAUUAUCAUGAAGCUUCUAAAAAUCAUGCUUUCAGGAGAUUAUGAUCGUAGACCGCAGUCAAAAGAAACACAUGCCGUAGGCGUUGAAUUCGAAGAGCCGCGACCGUUUCCAAAGGGUCAGAACAGUCUGCCAAAUCAACCAUUACCUCCAAGUCUUGACAAAAAAGACACAAGUGAUCCGUUCAGCUUUAUAUUCCCAUCUAACAAAGUUGUUCUCCGAAAGCUUUAUGAUUUGACAAAAAAUGUCGAUUUCGAUCAGAUGACGGGGAAGGAGUGCCAGUCUAAUCUCACUUUAUCUAAAUAUUGGGAGAAUUCUCAGCAGUAAGUUAAAUUUAUGAAUUCCAGAGCAUUUUACUAAAGAGAUUGACUAUUAAGACGAUACGUGCCUGAAGAUGAUAACUGGGAAAGGUUCUACUCGAACAUUGGAAGUUGCUCGGUUUACUCCGACGACACUAUGAUCGACAACUUGCUUCAUGACCUGAACACAAUGCAAAUCAAGCACGUGCACAUCAUGGACGGUGGUACUCAAGUGAAGUUUGUGUUCACAUUUAAAAACGACAAACAGGCGGUUUUCAAGCCGAUGAGGUCGGGUUUAUUCGCAGUGGACACGUUCACACUGUUUCACUUUUCAGAUUCGGGCGAAAUUAUGAAUCGGAUCCCAAUCACUUCUACUUUAGUGAUUUCGAGCGACAUCACGCAGAAAUUGCAACAUUUCACUUGGACAGGUUGAUUCAGAUGAAAACAUUUAGAAACAACUGAAAACUAUUCAGAGUACUUGGAUUCCGCCGUGCCAUUCCAACCGUCGGCCGAAUUCUCAAUAUGACAUCGGAAUUGUUCGAGAAUGCUGAAAAGAAGUUGAAAAAGACCUUUUUCUUUUCGCCAGGUAUCCCUAACCAUAUUUCAAAAUAAUUGUCAUGUUUUCCUUCCCUUUCAGCCAAAAACUUUUGUUUUGUCUCUCGAUGCGACUAUUAUUGCGACACAACACACGCGAUCUGUGGUUUUCCGGACAUGAAGGAGGGAAGUGUGCAAGUUUUUCUGCCAGAUGAAGGAGCGGUGCCGAGGAAGCACAAUAGGAGCCCUUAUAGACGGUAAUUCAAGGUCAUUGCGCUCAGAAAGUAUCAGUACUUUGAUUUAGAACUUACUCCAAGAAAAAUCAGGUUGCGGAAUGGCAGUCAAAUAUGGAUUAUUGCACUGAUAAAGUAAAGACAAAAAGGCAAUACGCACAUGGACGUCGGAUAUUAGAUCUCAUUGAUCUUCACAUCUUGGAUUACCUUAUAGGUAAGUGCCCCGAAUAUAUUUCUGACUAGGCUCUCCAAGCUUUUGUAAACCCAGGUCAUGAGCGUGGUUAGAAUGGACUUCAAGAGCGUUAAGCAAACUUUCAAAUAGUUUGAUGGGGUCAAAUAACCUGAGAGAAUGACAUUUCUGGUAAAUGUUUGCUUGCGGCGAUGCCCACAUCACACCUUACACGCAAACUCCAUUCACAUGGGGUAUCAAAAUAUUCUUAGAAUUCGAACUGGAAGUGAUACCGCGGUCAGAGUUUUAACAUGCGUUUGUAGAGUCUCCUGAACUUCAUUUCAAAGUUCACAAAGCGGGUAAGCUUUGAGGAAGUUCAUUUGAUAGUUAGUUACUUCAGUGUGUCCAUUAUUAAAGCGGGUUGUUUUUGUAAUGAGCGGAAAGUUAUCUGGGCUGUUCGAGUUCCAAAAACAAUUGCGCUGGCGGUCUUCCAACUGCUCAGAGAGGCGACAAGUGUAAUAUAUCUCUAUGUCUUCUUCCCUACGCACCAGACAUGUGUUAAUUUGAUCUUUGCGUCACAGAUGAGUCAUUUCAGGAAACCAAGACCGCCAUCAUUUUGAGUCGUUCAACGUCUUUACCGACGUUCCUUCCUAUGCCAUCCACCUGGACCAUGGAAGAGCCUUUGGAAGAUCGGAUUUUGACGACGAUGACAUUCUUCUACCUCUCCGGCAGUGCUGCAUCAUUCGCCCGUCUACAUUCCGAACACUGCUCAGCUUCUACAGUACUCCCAAAUCACUGACGAAAGCUCUCCAUGAGUCAUUAUCUAAAGAUCCAGCACAUCCAAUUCUAGCUUACAAGCAUUAUCCUGCAAUGGAACGUCGGUUAUCAAAAGGUGAGCAUAGCUUUAUUUAAAUAGUAAAAUACUGUGAACUUUUGCAGUCAUGGGAUAUCUCCUCGCGUGUAUUGAAAGUAAAGGAACGGAAGAAGUGAUAGUAGCCGAGUACCACAAUCCAGAUGUAUCGGAUUUGGAACAAAACGACGAAGAAGUUAGCGAAGAGCACGCGGACAAAAAAGACGAGAAAAAGACAAUCUAG